AUACGCAAAAGAGCCAAGGACAACAGAGUCAGAUGCGCAGUACGUCCUCCGUCUUCAAAGCAGAGACCGCGAAAUUCCGCAUCCACGCGAGACCGAAAGAGGUCUACUCCGGAUCGAUCAGUAGGCGUCUCAUCAAACUGGACCCACCGAAGAAUGGUACAGUGUACACCAUUUUUCCCUCCAAUUCCGAUAUCAUGGACUGACUCGCUCUUGCAUCGAGCUCCCCGAGAGUCGAGACCGACCAACAUACAGCACUUGGAGAACACCGAGGACGGGAAAACCUCCUCCGUGAGAUACGACAAGGCAAACCAGCGCCCGAUACGACAAGACAGUCGAUCCCCGAGAUCCUCUUGACAUGCAGAGAGUUUUGCGCUUGUGAAGGCAUGGAUCGAAGCAGGAAUGGAUGUCGUGGCCGGUUGACCCCACUUUCCCCAUUGAGCUGCAGCAGAUUUCUUCUGUCGCCAGAGGGCCACGCAUUCAUACCGUCCUCACUCUCUGGCUGGAACUUCCGGAUUGAACCAAAGAUGGCUUUCGCAACCGAUCUAUCGAGGGGCUGACUGUCAGGAGAGGCGGGCUGGGAUCGUCAUCGCCACCCUGUGAAAUGCUGUGAGCAAUGAACGAUUCCCGAGAGAAAAUGUCGACUGCCAGGGGUAACUGCCGAGCACAUGAUUCGUGUCUUAUAUUGUGGCCUUAUAGUGCAUCCGCCUGACUCCCCUCGCGUUCUCUCUCGCCACAGAUGUAAUAUCCCGAGUCUGCACUGGACACUGUAAUGUUCUUGGGAUGUAGCGUCGUAACUCUCUCUUUCUCGCUCUCUCAAGAAGCUAGACUGCGCCGUCGCUGCUUUAAAAAAAAAAAACCACGCAGAAGGAAGCCAACAUGGGCAUCCAAGGCUCGCCCUUUGGUUGGCUUUCGGUCUGAGCGACAGAGAGAAAGUAAGAAUAAAUACAUGUUGAAGAAGUGUUUGACUAUUUCUCAGACUCCACCCUACCUGCUUCCAAACAAACCCCCUCUCGAGUUCCGGGGGGCGGGCGGGGAUUUCUUCAGACACGACACAGGAAACCAUGCAACAGCCCAUCAGCGCCCAGCUCUACAGAGGGGCGCACAUUCACUCACAGCCCCACGAGCUUAACAGACAUGCCAUCCUUAGAGAUUUCCUCGAGUUGAGUUGGGACGUGGAGAGUGUGGAUUCAAGGAGGUCCACUUGAGCAUGGCGGAGUAUUUACGAGCAAAUUUAGCAGAGAAUGCCUUCCAUUGGCUCAGAACUGACGCAAGCCUGCGCCGUGCAGUUAUGUUUAUGCCAGAUGCGACCAUUCUGCAUCUGUAGUAAUCAUCGUGUUGCCAGGAGUUCGGCACUUUUCAUUCAGGCUCUUGAGCUGGAACCUGCAUGCAGAAGUUAUUGCAAGGCAUAAUAAGGAGGGAGUAAGAUACCAAAAUGGAUCAGACAACCCCUCAAGUAGCACAGUGAUUCUAUCGGGGCUAGACCCCGAUAGAAUCACUGUGAGAAAUAUUUCCUGAUGCACUUUAGAUAGCAAUUGGUGCAAGUGGCAUGUAAUGUGAGAUACAGUCUGGCAAGAGUCUACGCAUUUGCUCCUGCUCCAACGGCAAUCUUCGGCCGGCACCAACCCAUCUCCGGUGGACAGGUUUGGACCACCACCUCGAGGGCAAACGUCACCACCAUAAGUGCAAGUAGCAUCACCAUCACCUCGAGAGCUUCCAGCUUCCAGCUUCCACUAUCCGUCGAAGCCUAGCAACAGGGUCAGUCCCAUGGCCGGCAGAGUGAGCUAAGUCUCUGGUGGGCAAUUUGUUGGCAUUACACAAAGUCUGACACCUUUGUGUCAAUAUGCACAUUAAGAGUUUCCAAUCACAGCAUUACAGCGCAGCCGACUGCAACCCACGCGAUUAUGUGCAGCUUCGACGUUGCGUACAGAGAUGAGGAAUACGAUGCGUAUAUGCCCUGCAAUGUGUACAUACUUGCUGUGGCUUUGUGUGACCGAUCCAUCAGGCCGAUCCCAAGGUGCUCAAAUGAACAAUAUACUGGCCGUUCCAAAUCUGCCUUUCCUCCUAGAGACAAUCCAUCUCGACUGCUGCCGUCUCGAGGAUUCAACAGCAUUGCAUCCUGACCUAACAAAAAGAACACAACAUUAACGACUUGCUUAUCCACAUGAUCGACAAGCAGUCCAGGACUUGAGAGAGGGUUGAAGCACUCUAAAGUCCUGGACUGCUUAGAUAAGAGAUCUUUCUUCAGCUUUAAGCUCUCACAAUGCAGUUGGUGGUUGUCACCAUGGGAAAGGUUGCUCGAAAUAUACUAGGAAGCCAGAUCAGACACGUCACGCAGCUGAAACAACGUAAACACAUUCAACAAAACAAUAACCUGCCCCUUUAAAGCCUUGAAAGCUUGCUCAUUCGUCUUCGGAACACAACGUUGUAACACCUGUCUUGCUCGACAGGUACUUUUUGAAUACGAAAGUAGUUACAGGCACUAUACAGGGCUGUAGAACCAUAAUUAUCACGCCGGAAUCGUACUCAGACAAUGCCAAUAAGAUAUAAUACAGAGAGAGGUUCCUG